UAUAUAUCCGAGAGGUGCACCAUGCCAUUUGUUCAUAUGCACUAUGGCAAUCCGCUCAGUGGUUCUUCACAUAGUGCUGAUCAUCGCCUUGAAUGGCACUGAAGGGCGCAAGGUGCCAAAGGUGAGUAUUGUUGGUGGAAGAGAGGCAGCUCGCAACUCUCGUCCAUACAUGGCUUCCUUACAGUCCCGAGGUCAACAUUCCUGUGGAGGAGUUCUGGUGAGAGAAGAUUUUGUCCUCACUGCUGCUCACUGUGAUGGGCGUUACAGGGUGGUUCUUGGGGCUCACGACUUGUCAGAGGAUGAAAAUUCACAACAAAAAUUCGAUGUGGUUAAAUACAUUCCACACCCCAGGUUUGGGGACAACCUGGGGUAUGACAUCAUGCUUCUCAAGUUGAGAGGGAGGGCCAUCCUGAACAGAGCAGUGCAGCUGAUCCCUCUGAUGAAUGGUUCGAUGGCUGAGGGAAGCCUGUGCACCACGGCUGGCUGGGGGGACAUAGAUGAUAACAGCACCCCACCAGACAAGCUGCAGGAGGUCAACGCCACCAUCAUAUCACCCAGAGAGUGUGGCCGCCGGUGGAGUGGCGUCAACAUCUCCAGGCGCACGGUGUGCGCAACAGGCCCCAGAGCUUUCCAAGGCUUCUGCUCGGGGGAUUCAGGAGGUCCGUUGGUGUGUAACGGGAUGUCAGCGGGCAUCGUCUCUUUCUCAGGGCAGAGGUGUGCCAACCCUAGUACCCCUGAUGUGUACACACGAGUGACUUCGUACUGCCGAUGGAUUCAGAGGGAGUUAGCUAGAAACCCUUAAGGUUUUUGGCAUGUAAGCCGCCAGUGUGUGCUUACACAAAAUCUCACUAUAUGACUUAUUAGGAUUUCAUUUAGAGUCUUUGUUGAAGUGCUAAAGAUAACACCUUUCUAUGAUUGCGUGUUCCCUUGUUGCUAUUCUUAUUAAACGUCACUAAUUUCA